CUAUAAAUAUUAUUACUACUUGAGAGAUACUCCCACACUCAUGACUGAACAUUUUGCAGAGAGAGAAAGAGAGAGAUGGGUGGUGAGAUUGUUGGGAGGUUGGGAGGUGGAGGUCUUGCGAGGCUAAGAGAGUCAUGGAGAAGACAGGAGAGGAGUCUCAAUGAAAGAGUUUCAAAGAGCAGAGUAGGGAGAUACUUCAAACUAGAGGCCAGAAAGAGCUGCUUUACAAGGGAAUUACGUGCAGGGACUGCUACCUUCCUUACGAUGGCGUACAUCAUCAGCGUCAACGCCACGUUGCUUGCAGACUCCGGUGGAACAUGCUCCGUCUCCGAUUGCUCCACCGCCAUGCAUCUGGGAAAUAAUGCAUCAGCAGCAUCCACACCGCACCACCACCACCGCCACCAGCAGCCAGCUCCGGACUGUAAGUUCAAGCCAAAUGUGGGUUAUCAGAACUGCUUAGCCAAAACCAAAAGCGACCUCAUAGUGGCCACUGCCUUGUCUUCCAUGAUUGCAUGCUUCGCAAUGGGCUUACUGGCCAACUUACCUUUCGCCCUAGCGCCAGGUAUGGGGGUUAAUGCCUACUUCACCUAUAACUUAGUGGGCUUUCAUGGAUCCGGACCCAUGUCUUACCAGACCGCCCUGGCCAUAGUGUUUGUGGAAGGUUGCAUCUUUCUUGUAAUCUCUGCACUUGGUUUACGAGCAAAGCUUGCUCGUCUUAUUCCCAAUCCAGUCCGGCUCGCCUGCUCAGCAGGUAUUGGGCUUUUCAUUGCAUUCGUGGGCCUUCAACCCCACCAAGGUAUUGGCCUCGUAGGCCCAAGUUCUUCAACAUUGUUGACACUCACAGCUUGCUCCCAUACAAACCCACUUACGGGCGAGUGCCAAGGUGGCAAGAUGCAAAGCCCCACAUUCUGGCUGGGUGCCGUUGGCUUCCUGAUAACUUGCUAUGGAUUGAUGAAGGAAAUCAAUGGCAGCAUGAUCUACGGGAUUCUCUUUGUGACACUGAUUUCAUGGAUCAGGGGAACCUCUGUAACAUAUUUCCCCGACACCCCUCUUGAUAACGCCAACUACGAAUAUUUCAAGAAGGUGGUGGACUUCCACAGAAUUAAGACCACCGCUGGAGCUUUUAGCUUCAGAGAGUUCAACAGAGGCAACGUCUGGGUGGCCUUAGUGACGCUGCUCUACGUGGAUGUGCUGGCCACAACAGGGAUAUUGUACUCGGUGGCCCAAGUUGGAGAAUUCGUAGAUGAUGAAAACGGAGGGUUUGAAGGUGAAUACUUGGCGUACGUGGUGGAUGCAAGCUCGACGAUUGUGGGCUCGGCGCUAGGAACGUCGACCAUGGCUACGUACGUAGAAUCGUCGGCGGGGAUCAGAGAAGGGGGGAGAACGGGAUUAACCGCUCUGACUGUUGGGUUUUACUUCUUGUUGUCGUUGUUCUUCACGCCUCUUCUGGCAAGCGUUCCUCCAUGGGCCAUAGGGCCUUCUCUCGUCAUGGUUGGAGUGAUGAUGAUGAGGGUGACCAAGGAUAUAGAGUGGAUGAAGGUGAAGGAAGGUGCGCCUGCAUUUGUUACCAUGUUGCUCAUGCCACUCACCUAUUCUAUAUCCAAUGGAGUUAUCGCUGGGAUUGGCCUUUACCUGGCUCUGAGCUUGUAUGAUUACAUACAGAGCUCUAUGAGAUGGUUGGUGAAGAUGAUGAACAGGGUACUUGUGGGUGGAGUUCAAAACCAGGUCUCUGCUACUACUGCUAAUGCAGAUCCAACGGCUGAACUCUUGUAAUUUUUAUCUUUAUCAGUAGGUAGAAGUAAGCAGUUAGCAGUUAUUUUCUGAAAAAAAAAAGAAUGUAAAGUAGCCAGCUACCAUAUUUAUUAUUUAAUACAUACAUUUAAUAUGUCUGUGCUAUUUGGAAAUGUCACCCAGGUGUCAUGGAAGAAAAUGAACUCCUGGCACCC